AUGACUUCGCGUGCCGAUGUCCUAGGUGACAAGCAUCGCCGGCAAUUCAAAUCGUUCCAUGACGGAAAGAUAGUCGGUGGUUAUAAUACCACCAUCCAGAAUAUUCCGUACCAAGCUUACCUGCUGCUGCAGAAAGGAAAUGACUACUACCAAUGUGGAGGCUCAAUAAUCAGCAAUCGAUACAUUUUGACUGCUGCUCAUUGUUUGAAAGGCAUACAAAGAGCGUAUAUCCGAAUUGGUAGUACACAAGCGAAUAGCGGAGGUACAAUGUACAAUUCAGCAUUGCUACAAAUGCAUCCUCAAUACAAUAGUCAGACAAGCGACUAUGACGUAGGGGUCAUAAGAGUCUCGCGAGCCAUGACACUGGAUGGGACAAAAUCAAGAGUAAUCAAACUUGCUGAUUCAGAAAUGCAAUCGGAGCCAAUUAGUCCUGGUACAGAGAUUUUGGUAUCAGGAUGGGGAACCACCUCGGAAAACGGUGAAACCAGUAACAACUUAAUGGCUGUGACGGUUCCAACGGUUUCGAACGAAGAUUGCAACAAAUCUUACAGAGGCGGCAUCACUGCUAGAAUGUUUUGCGCUGGAGUGCCUGAAGGAGGCAAAGAUUCUUGCCAGGGAGAUUCAGGUGGCCCUGCGGUUCAAGAAAGCGAAGAUAAACAACUCGGUAUUGUGUCAUUCGGUAUUGGAUGUGCACGUGCCGGUUAUCCAGGCGUUUAUACAAGAGUUGCCAGUGUUCGUAAUUGGAUUCGACUUAAUACUGGAGUCUAAAAUUAGACGAAAACUGACAAUCAACAGAACCACAUAUUUUUUACAUUGUUAUGAAUAGAGAUUUGAUUUUAAGAUAACUAGGAGCCUAACCUUGUGUGAGAUUAACCACAAUUUGAAUUACUUUGAUAAUGAUGUUUUAGUCAGUGUGGUUCACUAAUUCCAGUCAUUGGUAGAAGGUUGGUAAUAAAAACCAAUAACACGUUUUUUAAUAAGCAAACGGGCAAGUUAUCACACGGUCCACCUCAUAAAAAUGGUACCAUGGUAGCUUUUCUUUUUUAUGAUACCAAUUGUAUGAACAAGAGUAUGUGCCUGUUCGUAAGCGACACGCCUGUUAUAGCAGUUGCAGUGCCAUUCAUAGCUGUAAAGAUCAAAUACUGCUUAGGGGCAGAAAUAGGUAACGUGACAAUACUUCUCUGGACGAACUCUUGCACAAGAAGCUCUACUGCUACUAAAGGUCUAUGCAGCCUUUCAUCAUUGCGAAAAUCAAUUGGUCUAUUGUGAUCUCCCGAAAGUGGUAACCACUGCUUAGCACAGCUUAUAAACAUUUGUUAUCCUAAAGAAGUAUCCAGGUUAUAACAAUUUCAUCUUCAUCUUAAGUUAUUUAGUCUUAUGUGCCAGCGUUUGCGGUCGUUCUCCUUACUUUUCAAUUCAAAAGAGGAAAUGAGUUGGGUGUUGGUUAUUUCCCAGAAGAGUUCUACAUAGAUCAAAACCCACCAAAAUAUUAAUUAAAUGUGUUAACUUGUGGAAGAUCAUGGUAGUCUAGUAGGAGAAAGGUUUCUUCUCUAAAGGUCGUUGGUUCGAUGAUGAUCCUGAUCCUAAGACUUCAAUUUCUGAGGCAAGGCUAUACCUCUCACUAACGAUGAAGGGAAACAUUGUGAUGAAACUUACACCUCGAAGAAGAUUUAUAGCUCCAGGAAAAUGUGUGAAGGUCCCAACUACAUUAGGCCAUCGUGGCGGACGUGUCGGACUUUGUUCAGAGGAAAUACAUGCUAGUAAUGGGAAACUAAGGCUGCCAGCAGAUUGACUACAUACCUGUUAGCUAACAUACAACCUGUUAGCAGCCUAUUUUCUUGGACUAGCACUAGAAUCUAAACUUAUGUUUGUAACAUUGACUUACAAUUAGAUGGACGACGGGUCUAAUACAAAAACCACGAAAAAAAUGUCCCAAGUCAACCUAUUUAAACGUAGUGACAUGUAAAGGAAUAUGAAAAAGCUAAAAA